AUGAAAGAAUAACUUGACCAUUAGCUAGAGAAGCUUAAGGCAUCUUCACUGAUGUAAAUUGGCUAGAUGCCAUUUAAUAAGCAGUUAAAGGAGAAGAAAUUUUAGGAGUCAUUGGAUAUUUUCUGA